CUAGACUGAAGAGACAAAGGAUGAGAAUAAGAGCAAGAAAAGUAAAGACUAUAGAGUGUAGACACCAUUAUCGUUUGUUUUCGAUAUGCAUUGGAGUUGAUUAAUUUCACCCAUCUAUAUAAAUAUACUUGAAGGGGUCCGGGUUCAAAGACGCACAUGAUCAAUGGAACCUUCCCUCUCUCACCCUCUCUGUCUUUCCUUGAUGCUACGCAACGACAGGUCAUAAUAAGUAUCAAGAUUAAUGAGAUCUUACGUCGCUAGAAAGUCGCUAGAUGGUUUUGUCACGUGAUUUCUUAAUCUUAAUGAGUUCAAGAAAAUCACAAGGUCCUGUGCUUUUGUGAAUAGCUAAGGAACGACGAAUCAUAACAUGAGGCUACUCAAUGACGAGCAGAUAAGGCAAUCAGCUCUCGCGCUGCCAUGGAAGUGUGGUUCCAGACCCACCUAGGCCAGAUUUUUCUUCUCUUCUCAAAAUCAUGUUGGGCCUCUUAUUGGGUAUAAUAUAGGCCCACCAGAAUGAAAAAUAUUUGUGCUCCAAUUUUAAAAUUAUAUUUUAAAUCUGGAUAUGUGGUAGAAUUUAAUUAUGUUCGAUUUAGUUGGGAAUUUUUAUUUUUGUUUUUGUAUUUGUUGUCCCCGCCCUACAAAAAGAAUUAUCAUUAUUUUUUGGUAAAAUGUUAAGCUAGAAUGUUAAGCUACAAAAAGAAUUUCAUUAUUUGGCAGAAGAAUACUGUACAUCAUUAAUUGAAUAAGCAUCCUUAACGUAAAGUACUAUUUAUGUACAGUAGUUUUUAGAAACCUAAAUACAAAACAUUUACAUAAUGAACUACUGGAACCUUCAAUUCUUGUUCAACUUUUACUUCUUCUUUUUUUUAGUUUUAUCCAAAAAAAGUGAAGAUGUCUUGAAGUUGUGAAUUCUCUUCAUAAAAAUUUAAAGUGAAAUUUAUUUUGAAGGAUCCCUUUGAUAAUGAAAAGUUAAAUUUUAUCAAAUUAAAUAAUUUUAUUAACUAAUUGUUCUUAAAUUGACGAUGAAAAGCGCAAAAGCACAACCUUAGGUGAUGGAGAUGGUAGAUAAAUACAACUAAAUUAGUAAACACGGCUUUACAUGAACCUAUGUACAUACCAUUCACAAAUCAAACGCGCUUUUAACACUGUUACACUGGUCAUAAUAUUAAAAGUUUUAAUUUAAAACACUCUCACUUCCUUGUUCAUCCCAAUUCGAUGGGGCAUGCUGGUCCAUUUGUGUGUAGUCCCGUCGCUAUCGAAUACAAUAACAGUGUCUGCUGUUUGCAUGUUCAAACCAAAGACCACCGGCAUUGCACGUGUGCUCAAAACUACCAUGCAUGAAGAGAUUCUGAGACUUGUGAUCAUUUUCAAUAAAAGAAUAGUUUCGGAUUCAACCAUAAACAUGUAGAUACAUUGACAAAGAAGCCAUUCAAUAUCAUAAUUUACAUUCCGUGUGGUCCGGUUAUAAUAGAACCUCAAACAUUUUAACAAGUGUAAUGUUAUUAUUUCUCAAAAAGAAAGUGUAAUGUUAUAAUUAUCUGAGUUUCAUUUUAUAGUGUUUUUAAGAAUUAUAGUUGUUAAAAUGUUAAUACGGUGAUUAACUUGAUGACAAAAGUCCAACGCGGUGGAACUACCAGGGUUCGAGUCUCGGCCACUAAAAUCUUAACAUUUAGGCAUCAUGGUAAUACGUAACUAGUCUGGACCACUUUUUUGUGGUUAGAAUACCCUUGUAUAAUUUUAAAAAAAUGUUUUUCUUGGCCCCGGUUAUGCAUCCAGUUCAUAUGAAUGUAACUUCUUGUCCAUUUUUAUUUAAAUGGCCAAAAUAAAACUAGUAAAUGUAAAUUAUCAUAUGUUUAUUUACAUUCUUGUCUUCGUCAUUUUCAAAUUUUCGCAAACCAAAACAUUUUAACUAUUGUAAGAAAAUUAUAAAAUGAAAUAUAGAUAAUAACAACAUUUUCUGACAUUCAAAUAAAUACAAAAGCAUAAUUUUUUCUUCAAAAUUAGAAAAGAAAAAAAGUUAACGUAUCUUACACGUGACGCUUUCAUGGUUUUGAGUUCAGUAUUACUAACCCAUCAUUUAAUCAAAUUUGUUAUCCUUAAAUAUAAACUAAUAAAUUUAAAGAUUAAAAUUAUAGAUCUCUUAUGAUGUUUUAUAUAUAAUCUCAUUCUAAUAAAAUGACGGGAGGAUUACGAAAAUUGUCUAACUUAAAUGUUUUUAAAAGGAUAUGUUUUUUCUUCUUCUGUUUGGUCGAAAAAGAAUAUGUUUUGUUGAUAUAAAAUUACAGAUAGGUAUGCUUUUCCUAAAAUUAUAAAUCUAAAUUCUAAACACGCACACAACACAUACAUUACAGAUAGAUAUGUUUCGUACGCACAAGCUCGCAAAAAUUAAAGGCAGAAGAAUCCUGCUUCGUUCGGCAGUCACUGUUACUCAAUUUGACAGACUCAAAACUAACUUCACAAAACACGCACACAACACGAACAUUACACAUAGAUAGAUAGAUCCGAGAGAGACGCUUUGGAAGAGAAAUAGUGUAACAAUUAGAAACUCUUACGCAAUAGAAAGGAAACAUGUUUGUGAGUUAUUAUGGGGUUGGACUCUAACCACCGUUACUCUAUUUCUCUCUUAUUACGGACCCUCAAACAUUGACAUUUCUCUAUCCAUGUAACCUCUCAAGAGACAAUAGCCCUUUCACCAUCCCUACUCUCUAUCUUGUGAACCAUAAACGUCCCACGUACAUCAAAUGCUCUAAGUAUUAUCAGAAUUAUGCAGCACCAUUGCAUGGUUCUAUAUUAGCCGUCCAUGUGUUGACAAGUCAAGAAGUCACUUAAGCUAGUAGAGCCUUGAGCUGCUUAGAUCCAACACAGCUCUAGGAAAAGUCAAGCGAUCUGAUUCUGGAUACAAGCAUUUCUGCACAUCAUACUGAAACUAUAUUAUAGAAUAUCCAAUGCAUGAAUCAUUGACCAGGAUCACCCUUUCUCCAAGAAGAUUUAGACCCAUUCCUGAACCCUAUCCAAUUCAUAUCUCCUCUAUAUUUCUGCACUUAUUGUCUUGUGGGGUCUCCCAUGAACUUCAAGAACUCUGACACCAUUUUUGUAAUACUUUUAAAAUUUGAAGAUGAACCAUUUAUGAUCAAAAAUAACAGAACCGCAUGAUUGAAUAAAGUACUGUACCAUUUAAAAGUCGACUGUCAUGUUCAAACAUUUAAUGAGGAGCUUUGAUAUACUUCUACUUCGGCAUGUAUAUAUGUAUAUAUAAACCCGUUCUCCACCUUGUACUCUCAUCCCAAUACACAUUUUCUCAUCACAACAUUACAUUCAUCAAAUCUAUAUCUUGUUGAUCAAUCAUCUCCUCCUACUAAAAUGAAGACUAAGUUCAUCAAGUCCUGCGAAAAGAAACUAAAGAAGAUGACAGUCACAACACCUUGUAAGUUUUGCGAAAGAAUUUGCUUGGCGUUCAAGAGGGAAGCUGAGGUGAUACCAAAAGAUGUCCCUAAGGGACACUUGGUUGUCUACGUAGGUGAGGAGUCCAUGAGGUUUGUGAUUAAGAUCAGCUUACUUGCACACCCACUCUUCAAGGCACUGCUGGAUCAAGCACAGGAUGCUUAUGGUUUCAGUGCAGACGCCAGACUAUGGAUUCCAUGCGAUGUGAGCACCUUCCUCGACGUUGUCCGUUGUGCUGGUUCUCCACAGUAUCAGAACAGUUGUAUGUGUAUCUAGGAAGGUUCUUCAAGGAACUCAAGGCAUUCUUUUAUUUAUCCAGAGGGGGCCAUGUUUCCAAAGAGUGGUGGUUAAUGCUAAGCUAUUGCAGUACACUAAUAAUGUAAAACUUUUUGAAUUGAUAUGUUAUCAGCUAGGCAAGCUGUAAACACGAUUAAAAUUAUGUAUCAUUACUUCUCCAGCUCCAUAAAUAUACAUGAAGCCAUUAACGCAAGAAUAGAAGGCAUUAAUCCAUGAAAAUUACUAGAGAAACAUACAAACCAAGUAACUGAAACCAUACAGCUCUUUAACAAAUGUAUGUUAUCUGUGGUGAGGGCAGAAAAAGAGAGAACAUAAUAGUUUGCUUUUCACGCAUCUCAAGACCAAAAGGCAAAACGACCUACAAAACCUGUGUAGUUCUUGAAAGAAUCAGUCGAAAAUAAGAUAUUAUGACCAAGAGUUUAGUCUACGAAUUCGUAAGGGUUGGCCAUGAAAUCCAAAUCAUAGCAACCAAUGUUCCACAUUGCAUCAAUCCAAAGAAUGCAUUAACAUGUUAGUAUUGACAAAAAGAAGAUCAAAAUGGCUACUAGAUGAUAGGUACACUUAAAGCCAAGGGUUAGGAUCUAUUAACCAUUCCCAAAAUGACCACCUUCAUGGUUUUGACAGAAGCAAGAUAUACACAACGGACAUUCUUGUUCAAAUGAGUAGUUGUAUCGUACUUCCUUCACACGUAAUCCUAUGUGCUUACAUACAUCAAAUGGAUGGCAUUCAUAUCAAUCAACUGUACUGUGACUCUAAAACCAAAGGAACCUAGUCAUUGUCAUCUCAACCCAUUGAUCAAAUUCUACAUUUCUCUUCUCCCAAACCUUCUACCUUCUACCUUUUACCUGCGCAUCUUUACACCUAGCUGCUAAGUAAAACACUAACCAAGCCGCCAUGAAGUAAACUUCCAAAGCAGACUGGAUCACAGUAGCAAACCUUCUCCCCCCACAACUCGAAUCAGAACCCAUCUGAACAAAGAAUCGCCUCUAGACACUUAUUAAGCUGCACAGCCUGAUGCAACAGAAGAGACACCACAUACCAAACCUUCCUUCACAAUCUCCCUCGAAUACUCCACGGUGGCAUAACAGCGAAAGGCAUCAGCUUUAACCUCACAAAGGGCCUGAAACUCUCAAAGUCCUUGUCUUCGGACAGAUUAAUUCUACUUUUGUCUGAAUGUAUCGAUGUUCUAAUCAACUCUGAUGGGCCAUAUGGGCUUUUAAUUGGGCCUUAGCAACUGACAAGUUUGAUGUCGAAUCACUCCUAAUAUUUCAUCUCCAUGCAUAUUUUUUUUGUUGGUAAAGCUUGGAGGACUAAUCAUCAAAAUGUAAUUGAUUUUUUUUUUUUUUUUUUUGCUAAAAAUGUAAAUGUCAUUACUAGAAUGAUGGUUUGGUUACAAAUUUUGAACCAGAAUCUGCUAAUUAAAGCCAUUCAGUUCUUAGGAGCUGCAAAAAAAGUAAAAACCCCUAAGAAACUAUGAUUUAGGUCCAUAGCAAACCACUAAUGGUGAGCAAUGAAGCUAAUUUAAAACUAAAACAAGAGACAGCAGAAUUGAUCCCUUACAAAAUGCUUCCUGAUCACCUAAUACGACCAAGAGAAUAGCUACCAGCUGUUCGGACGAACACACACCCGAAGGUGGCUCCAAACGGCUUCAACGGAGGCGCCUGGAAACGGCCCCGGAACACCAGAGGAGGAGGACGCCGAACAAACAGACCCGAAGCUAACGCAGCGAAAAGACAAAGUGUAAUCUCGACAUUCCAACCAGUGAAGAGUAAGAGCAGAAAUCAGGUCAACGCAGGCGGUAAUAUCACCCUCUCAACCGGCCACGGACCUAGAAGAUGUGGUGGAAACAUCGAGAGGAAACACAAAGCUUUCGCCGGGGGCAAAAGAAGGGACGUGAGAACGCAGAAGGAGACUGACGAAAGACUCCUCAACAACAGGCAGCAUCAAUUGUGAGCAGAGCUUCACCUUCAAACAAAGACACCUUCACAGGGUUGUCCUCAAAACCCUCAUUAUCAGCAUCAACAAACGAGAAGGGAGAGCACAAGAGCUCACAGAAGAACGCCAUGGCAGCUGAAUCUCGAACUAAGAACAUAGGUCCUCUGUGGCGAGCCUACACACCACUUUUCACUCAGAGACUAAGAGGAGAAGCUCUACACAUACCUUGGGCCAGCGGUGGAAUAAAUCGAUUGGAGCAAACCUAGAGCCAGGAGCAGCGACGGUGCGUCACAUGAAACUGGUGGUUCACGGACCUCAGAUCUGACCCAGAUCUGAGCACAAUUGACUCAUCCAAGGCUGAUUCAAAGCCCCUGAGGUACCCUCGAUCGACCUCGCCUCGCCGGAACUCCGGAGAAACCAUGAACGCCCAUGGUUCCCGAUAGAUCUAAAGAGAAAUCCAGAGCCACCAAGCAAAGAGGAGAGACAUGAUGAGGAGAGUAACAGGGAGAAGGCUUGGACAUGGGAGCACUGGCAGGGGUGGCGACCGGAGCAGAAGCAUCCGGCCACCGAGACGGUUGAGCAGAAGACGCGGCGGCUAGGUUAAGGUUUUGGGGGAGAGACCCUAGAGAGAAAUCGUCGACGUCUUUCGAUUUUCGUUUUCUUGACUUCUUGAAAUUGUCAAAAAAAAAAAAAUGUAAUUGAUUGCCUUCCAAAUAAUAAGACAUAAACUUGUACCAGAAAUUAAAAGUGAAGUGGAGACAGGCUCUAUUCAACUAACUAGAAAGUCAACUCUGAUGGAUCAGCACUAUCUUUAAUUUGGUUGUAAAGAGUUGCGAUAGACUGCUAUACCGUUAGACCUAACAUUCAAACACAAAAGUUUCAGCUAUGUUUUACCUUAUUCUGAUGCAAUGUCAAAUGAUCAGACCUAAUAUGGUAUGGAUUUCUUUUAAUUUUAUGAGUUUGCUUCCGUUUCGUAUCAGUUAGUUUGUAGUAGUCAGAUGGAAUAGCUCACUUACUGGACUGAUUCUUCCAUGUUAGCCACAGUCUUCUGAGAGUGGAGUCUUAUUAGUGGAAUAUUUUCCAGUCUUAUAAAAAUGAAAUGCAAAUUCUGUGUGUAACCUUUAAAACGGAAUAUUGAUCAUUACACUUUAACAAAUUAAAGUUUUUUUAGUUUCGGUUGAUACUUAUUUUCAAUUAUAAAAAUAGUUCUAGUAUCGAUGUUUCAUUGGGAAGUUUAUAACAAAUAAUGUGUGACUUUAUAAGAGUUUUAUUAUCUUUAAAUGAUUCCAUUAGAUUGAGACUGGUUAAGAUGAUUCCAUUAGAAGUGAAGUUGAUAAACAGUAUCUAAUUAAUGAUCUGUAUCUUCUUAAUAGUUGUCCACUUUGUUAUGGAGACUUCCAUAUACCCAAAUUUGACAAAAUGUAUCAUUUCACACUUGUAACAAGAAAAAAAUGUUCAUUUGAGAACUUACAAUGAGUUUUACAGACAAUUUAUAAACUAGACAAAGACAGAAACCACUUCACAGGCAAUCAUUUGGUAAAAUUAUUCAGACAUUUAAAAAAAAAACUUAAUAGUAAAAAAAAAA